AUGGCUCCAGGCCCCUUCUCGGGGCUCCUCUCGCCGCCGCCUGCCGCCCUGCCCUUCCUCCUGCUGCUCUGGGCCGGGGCAUCUCGUGGCCAGCCCUGCCCCGGCCGCUGCAUCUGCCAGAACGUGGCGCCCACGCUGACCAUGCUGUGCGCCAAGACGGGCCUGCUCUUUGUGCCCCCGGCCAUCGACCGGCGCGUCGUGGAGCUGCGGCUCACCGACAAUUUCAUCGCGGCCGUCCGCCGCCGCGACUUCGCCAACAUGACCAGCCUGGUGCACCUCACCCUCUCCCGGAACACCAUCGGCCAGGUAGCAGCCGGCGCCUUCGCCGACCUCCGAGCCCUCCGCGCCCUGCACCUCGACAGCAACCGUCUGGCGGAGGUGCGCGGCGACCAGCUCCGCGGCUUGGGCAACCUCCGCCACCUGAUCCUCGGCAACAACCAGAUCCGCCGAGUAGAGUCGGCGGCCUUCGACGCCUUCCUGUCCACCGUGGAGGACCUGGAUCUGUCCUACAACAACCUGGAGGCCCUGCCGUGGGAGGCAGUGGGCCAGAUGGUGAACCUGAAUACCCUCACGCUGGAUCACAAUCUCAUUGAUCACAUCGCCGAGGGUACCUUCGUGCAGCUCCACAAACUGGUGCGCCUGGACAUGACCUCCAACCGCCUGCAUAAACUCCCGCCCGACGGGCUCUUCCUGAGGUCCCAAGGCGCCGGCCCGAAGCCCCCCACGCCGCUGACCGUCAGCUUCGGCGGCAACCCCCUGCACUGUAACUGUGAGCUGCUCUGGCUGCGGCGGUUGACCCGAGAGGACGACCUGGAGACCUGCGCCACCCCUGAGCACCUCACCGACCGCUACUUCUGGUCCAUCCCGGAGGAGGAGUUCCUGUGUGAACCGCCGCUAAUCACCCGGCAGGCGGGAGGCCGGGCCUUGGUGGUAGAGGGCCAGGCGGUCAGCCUGCGGUGCCGGGCGGUGGGUGACCCCGAGCCGGUGGUGCACUGGGUGGCACCUGACGGGCGGCUCCUGGGGAACUCAAGCCGGACCCGGGUCCGGUGGGACGGGACGCUGGAUGUCACCAUCACCACCUUGCGAGACAGUGGCACCUUCACUUGCAUCGCCUCCAAUGCCGCCGGAGAAGCCACGGCGCCUGUGGAGGUGUGCGUGGUCCCUCUGCCGCUGAUGGCGCCCCCGCCAGCUGCCCCGCCGCCUCUCACGGAGCCUGGUUCCUCCGAUAUAGCCACGCCCGGCCGGCCUGGGGCCAAUGACUCAGCUGCUGAGCGCCGGCUCGUCGCUGCAGAGCUUACCUCGAACUCUGUGCUCAUCCGCUGGCCAGCCCAGAGGCCGGUGCCCGGCAUCCGCAUGUACCAGGUUCAGUACAACAGCUCCGCCGACGACUCCCUGGUCUACAGGAUGAUUCCAUCCACCAGCCAGACCUUCCUGGUGAAUGAUCUGGCGGCAGGCCGUGCCUACGACCUGUGCGUGCUGGCUGUCUACGACGACGGGGCCACGGCGCUGCCGGCCACGCGCGUGGUGGGCUGUGUGCAGUUCACCACCGCUGGGGACCCGGCGCCCUGCCGCCCCCUGCGGGCCCAUUUCCUGGGCGGCACCAUGAUCAUCGCCAUCGGGGGCGUCAUCGUUGCCUCGGUCCUCGUCUUCAUCAUCCUGCUCAUGAUCCGCUACAAGGUCUACGGCGAUGGGGAUGGCCGUCGUGUUAAGGGCUCCUCCAGGUCGCCCCCGAGGGUCAGCCACGUGUGCUCGCAGACCAACGGCGCAGGCGCGGCGCAGGCCCCGCCCCCGCAAGACAGCUACGAGGCGCUGCGCGAGGUGACGUCCCUUGCUGCCGCCGCCGCCGUCGUCGAGGCCAAGGCCACGGCGGCGGAGGCGGCCUCCACAGAAUUGGAAGCGGUCUUUGGACGCUCGCUGGGCGGCUCGGCCACCUCGCUGUGUCUGCUGCCGUCCGAGGAAACCUCCGGGGAGGAGGCUCGGGCCGCGGCGGGCCCUCGGAGGAGCCGUUCCGGGGCGCUAGGGCCACCAGCUUCGGCGCCCCCGACUCUGGCUCUGGUUCCUGGGGGGGCCCCUUCCCGGCCGAGGCCGCAGCAGCGCUAUUCGUUCGACGGGGACUACGGGGCGCUCUUCCAGAGCCACAGUUACCCGCGCCGCGCCCGGCGGACAAAGCGCCACCGGUCCACGCCGCACCUGGACGGGGCCGGAGCGGGCGUGGCCGGGGACGACGGAGACCUGGGGCUGGGCUCCGCCAGGGCGCGCCUGGCCUUUACCAGCACCGAGUGGAUGCUGGAGAGUACCGUGUGAGCGGCGGGCAGGCGCCGGGACGCCUGGGUGCCGGGACAAACGCCCAGCCGCUCGGAGCCCGGGGCGGGACGCCGGGAAAGAGGCAGCGCGAGACGGAGACGGAGACGUCGCCCAGGAGGGGAGCCGCGCCCGUCUCGUCCGGACGGGGGCGGUGCGGCCUCCGGCGACGGCGCAGGCCACGCCCCCGCGCCCGGGGGAGUGGCGGGCCGCUGGGCUCCCCUCCCCCACGCCCUCCUGCCCCUCCCCCCCGCGCGCUCGCGGACCUCGCUAGAGCCGGUGCCUUACACAGCGAAGCGCGGGCAGGGGCCGGGCCCCCCGACACUGCAGCACUGAGACACGAGCCCCCUCGCCCCGCCCGGGACCCGGGGCAGGGGCGAGGGGCCCAUUUCUUGUAUCUGGCUGGCCUAGAUCCUAUUCUGUCCCGCGUCGGCCUCCAAAGCCCCCACCCUCAACCCCUCCAUCUCCUUGGUCCCGUCGAGUGGCUUGGGGUCCCCCUUUCUCUGACCCUCUCGUUUGUCUCUAGUUCCCUCCCUUCCCCCACCCCGUCUACUGUGUCUUAAGUCCGUUCCCCAGUUUGUCCCCCUUUUCUCUGUCCGUCGUAUCUUCUCCCUCUGCCCUCCCUUCUCAUGUCCAGUCUCCCAGUCUCCGGAUUUCCUCUUCCCACUACACAGUCUCCCGGGCAGGUCCCACCGGAAGGACCAGACUCCCCUACUCCGUCUUCGUUCCCCGAAUAAAUCCCCACACGAACAAAAUCCAAAACCAAAUCCCUCUCCCUGCUGGAGCUGGGACCCUCCGCCGCCGCAGCAGAAUUAAACUUUUUUCUGUGUCUGAG